GCCCCCUGUCCCCCCUCUCCCCGCUCCUGCUCCCCCUCUCCCCUGUUCUGUCUUUGCCGGUCUCUGGGUCUCUGACCCCCAUCCGGCCCUCAUGGCUUUCUGUCUGGAGCUCUUGAAGCAAUGUUCAUCAUGCCUAGUGGCGUAUAAGAAGACCCCGCCACCGGUCCCUCCACGCACCACGUCAAAGCCGUUCAUCUCCGUCACAGUCCAGAGCAGCACCGAGUCCGCCCAGGACACCUACCUGGACAGCCAGGACCACAAGAGCGAAGUGACGAGCCAGUCUGGCCUGAGCAACUCCUCGGACAGCCUAGACAGCAGUACCCGCCCGCCCAGCGUGACACGGGGCGGCGUCACCCCAGCCCCCGAGGUCCCCGAGCCACCCCCAAAACAUGCAGCUCUGAAGAGCGAACAAGGGACGCUGACCAGCUCUGAAUCCCACCCCGAGGCCGUCCCCAAAAGGAAACUGUCAUCUAUAGGAAUACAAGUUGACUGCAUUCAGCCAGUGCCAAACGAGGAGCCCAGUCCCGCUACCAAAUUCCAGUCCAUCGGGGUUCAGGUAGAGGACGACUGGCGAAGCAGUGCCCCCUCUCACAGCAUGUCCUCCCGACGGGACACCGACUCGGAUACCCAGGAUGCCAACGACUCAAGCUGUAAGUCGUCUGAGAAGAGUCUCCCAGACUGCACCCCGCACCCCAACUCCAUCAGCAUUGAUGCCGGCCCCCGGCAGGCCCCCAAGAUUGCCCAGAUCAAGCGCAACCUCUCCUAUGGAGACAACAGCGACCCUGCCUUGGAGGCGUCCUCGCUGCCCCCGCCCGACCCCUGGCUGGAGACCUCCUCCAGCUCCCCGGCAGAGCCAGCACAGCCCGGGGCCUGCCGCCGGGAUGGCUACUGGUUCUUGAAGCUGCUCCAGGCGGAAACUGAGCGGCUGGAGGGCUGGUGCUGCCAGAUGGACAAGGAGACCAAAGAGAACAACCUCUCUGAAGAAGUCUUAGGGAAGGUCCUCAGUGCCGUGGGCAGUGCCCAGCUACUGAUGUCACAGAAAUUCCAGCAGUUCCGGGGCCUCUGUGAGCAGAACUUGAACCCUGAUGCCAACCCACGUCCAACGGCCCAGGACCUGGCAGGGUUCUGGGACCUGCUCCAGCUGUCCAUCGAGGACAUCAGCAUGAAGUUUGAUGAACUCUACCACCUCAAGGCCAACAGCUGGCAGCUGGUGGAGACCCCCGAGAAGAGGAAGGAAGAGAAGAAAGCACCCCCUCCGGUCCCAAAGAAGCCAGCCAAAUCCAAGCCGGCAGUGAGCCGCGACAAGGCCUCUGAUGCUGGGGACAAGCAGCGUCAGGAGGCCCGCAAGAGACUCCUGGCGGCCAAGCGGGCGGCUUCCGUGCGGCAGAACUCAGCCACAGAGAGCGCGGACAGCAUCGAGAUUUACGUCCCUGAGGCCCAGACCCGGCUCUGAGACCAGGAAGCAGACAAUUUUAAAUUAUUUAGAAAAAAAAACAAAAACCACAAACUAAAUGCAAAUGGAACAAAAUUUUCUCAACCUUUAGUAUGGUUAUUCUGUCUAGAGACCCUGAGCCAACUUUCAAAUUGACGCAUCCAAGGGCUCACGAUUUGGCUUCUUUGGGUCCCUCCAAGCUUUAGGUUAUGGAGACUUCACACACACACAAAAAUCAACAAAAACACGAAACUAGGAAACUUUUUUUUCUCUCCUCGCUGGCCGCAGUGGACUAGAUAGAUGGACUUCAGCAACUCCCCAGCCCGGCCUCCAGACUACAGUCUUUUUACUCGUUCUGUCUAAUGAGAACUUAAACUAGCUUGUUUACAAGAUGAAGACAACCCAGGGGCAGCCUUGGGCACCUGCCAUGUCCCUCCUUCUCCUCCUGGCUACCCCAGCUCUGACCUUGGAGUUCUCAUUCUUACGUUUCUCUUUGCCCUUCAGAGCCCACACAGGGGUCACCAUCCUGACUAUCGGCUUUCUGGUUCUCAGCCCUUUGUGUGGUUGAGCCCAGAGGACAGAGAGAUGGACACGCAUCCCUUCCCCCACCAAGUGCUCACACACAAUCACACACACACGCGCGUGCACAUGACUGCAGGUUCCUCUCAGCAGAAGCGGCCCUCCCACUGUGCUCCGGCAGCCUUGGGUCUCACCUUUCUGAGACCAGGAGAGGGCUGAGGUCUUGGGGGGUGGGGGGGCGGGGAAGAGGUAAAAACCACACUCCAGACUCCCGCCUUUUUCUUCUCUCCAGCCCCUUCUUUCCUUCAGCAAAAAUGUAUGACUCAGAGUGACUUGCUGGGGCCACUCAAGAGAGGGCCCCCACAUUCCAGGGGUGGUCUGUCCCUGGCCGAGCCUGUGUACAGUAGCCGAGGGGCGGGCGGCUGUGUCUGUACGUAUGUGUACAUAUGCACAUAGACCCUAGAGUGUAUAUUUAACAAACGCCCCUCUGCUCACCCAUGCCCACCAGCGCCGCCGCUGGCUCUCGGGGCACCUGGCAGGAGGCGGGUGUGUGAAUAGCAUAUAUUUUUACAUGUACUAUAUCUAGGUGUGUGUACAAGUGUGUGUAAAAAUAUAUACCUUGUGUGUAAGCAGCCCUCCCUCUCCCCCUUUUCUUUUUUCGACUCUCACCUGCCCCCCACCAUGGGCCCAUCUGCCCAGUCUCUGAGUUUUCUAUUUUUUUACCCCAAUCAUCCUUCUCUCUCCCCAGCGCCACUCCCAGCCCCACUCCCAGGGUGUCAUGAGCCCUGAGCUGCAAUGGUCCAGGCCUGCAGGGUGAGGGGAGGGUGGGCAGGGGGCAGGGAAAAGGUGAGGCCGGCCCGCAGCGAGCCCUGCGCCCGAGGCUGCACACUCCAGUGGCCAUGGCUACGGUAUUGGGGCCGUCCUCUGUCCAGCACCCACCGCAGGGGGCCUGGGUGAACUGCGGGCCUGCUCUAGGGCCCAUUCCAGCUUGGCCACCGUCUGUGACCUUGGGCAAGUCACUUGACCUCUGUGUGCCUCAACUUCCUCCUCUGUAAAAUGGGGACAGUCCCCGCCCCUCCCUACCUCACAGGCAUGUUGUGAGAAUAAAUGAGGUAAUGUGUA